AGAAAAAGGAGCAGCCCCGCGCGAGGGCAACAACUGGGUCUUCGUCCUCAUUUUUGUCGUCGUCUGCGCCAUCGCCUUCGCCGUGCGCGCCGCCGCCGCGCCGGACGCCGCGCCGCCGCAGACGACGACCACGACGACGGCCUACCACGGCAGCCGCGUGCGGCUCCCGGACGGCGCGCAGACCAUCACGCUGAAGCCCGAGGCCGCGCGGCGGCCGGGCGCGCUCGUCGCGAAAUCGACGCGGGACCCGGCCGCGCUCCUCGAGCGCCUCGAGCUGCCCGCGCGCAAGGAGAAACCGCCGAUCGAAGCGCCGCCGGCGCCGCCGGAGCCGGUCGCGCCCAAGUUCAAGCCC